UCUUCCUAACUCAGCAAUGCCGAAAUAGACGAAUGGCAUGAGCGUAAUUAUCCGAAAUGCAGGGGCACUUUUCCAGAUAGCUUCCUUCAAGAAUGCCACCACUCGCCUUAUCUACCAAACUCUCUCGGUUGAAACGACGCCGCCGGCACUGAGCGGAUUCCCCGGGAGGACGGACGGCGACCCAAAUGGGCAAAAAAUUCAAAUGGAGCUGGACCUCCGCUCUGAUCGGAGCCGCGUCCGCCGCCGCGGCCACCGCUGUGAUCCUCGCCAAGCCCAGGGACCCCACCUUCGACCUCAUCUCGGUCGACGUCACCUCCUUCAAGCUCAAGUUCCCCUCCGUCGAGGCCGAGCUGCUCCUCACUGUUUGCGCCACGAACCCCAACAUCGCCCCCGCCCACUACUCCCCCACCACCGUGUCCAUCUUCUACGACGGCUCGCUCCUUGGCUCGGCCGACGUCGCCGCCGGAUCCCACCCCUCAAAGUCCUGCCAGGUGCUCCGGCUCCCAGCCCGGCUCGACGGGGGCAAGCUCGCCCACAACGCCGGGCGGUUCUUCGCGGACGUGGCGAGGCGGGAGGUGGUGCUCGACACGGCGGUGGACGUCGCCGGCGACGCGACGAUCAUGUGGUGGGACCGCAAGUUCAAGGUCCACGUGGAUAGCCGCGUGACCGUUGAUCCGGUUUUCCUCGAUGUGAUCGAUCAGGAGCACAAGUCGCAGCUCGAGGUCUCCUAUUUGUGGUAGAAUUGUAAUUUAACCACGUCCGAGGGGCACAAGUGUAAUUCAGAGCCCGUGACUGAUUAUUGGGCCACCUUCCUCUCUUCCUUGUAAAUGAAACUGGGCCUUCUUUUGGGCUUUUUUCGGCCCAUAUGAGAUGCAAGUAUUGUGGUCACUUGGACCUUGAUUUUAUCAAGAAUCGGUCGGCUAUUUCGGUUUA